AUAACAAAAACAGUUUGACAGAAGAUGAAUAAUUUUCUUUCUGAGGUUGAGCUUGUUGCUGCUGACUGGCUGGAUGUGUGUCUGUCUGCUUGUUUCUGCUGCCAACCUCCAGGUGAUCCGGUAGUGAAGCCCAUGGUGAGCGUGUACCCAGCAGCAUCCAGCGCCCGGCGGGGCAGGAGGGGCUUCCUGCUGUGUCUGGCCUCAGGCAUGUUUCCUCCUGAGGUCAAGUUCUCCUGGAAAACACUGGAGGACGAUGGAGAGAAAGAUCUGACCUCUGGAGAGCAGCUGGAGCUCAGAGAGCCGAACCGCACCGCCUCCAUCUUACUGGUGGAUCGGGAUCUUCUCAGCACAUCUAGAUACCGCUGCUCUGUGCAGCAUGAGGGGGGCCCAGUGGAGGCCCCUACAACACAAGACACCCAGAACCCACAUGUGUCGGUUAAGGAGGAAGCUGCUACCGUCCAGGAGAGAAGGUCCAGUCAUGAGGAGGACAAAGCUGAAUCUCAGUUUACUGAUACUCUUGUUAAAGUCAUUUCUUCCAAUGCAACUGAAGAGGAACAGAUGGAACCAGAACCUCCACUGACUGAAGAACAUUGGGAACCAGGAUCUAUAUGGAUCAAAGAGGAAGAGGAGGAGGCACAAUCUCCGGUGUUUAAUUUUGAACAGCAGGAACCAGAACCAGAACCUUUACCGACCAGGCAGAACCAGAAGCACGUCUGCAGCAGUCAGGAGGGAGAACAGCUGGACCAGAAGCAGUUUGCUGCUUUGAUGGAGACUUUCACACUUCAGAGACGGGAUCUGAGUGACGGAGAGCCAAGAAGUGAGCGUCCUUCCUUUCACAUCUCUCCUGAAGCCGAGAGCAGAGAUCAGGAAGGAAGCAGCUCCACCGUGUCAGAGAAUCAGUCCCACACCGACACCAGAACCGGGCCUUUCAGCUGUGGUGUGUGUGGGAGAUUACUGAAGAAUAAAUACGACUUAAAACAGCAUUACAUGACCCACACUGGAGAAAAGCCUUUUACUUGUGAAACAUGCAGUAAAAGUUUUGCUAGACGUUCUCAAUUAAAUGUUCACUAUAGAACCCACACCGGAGAAAGGCCUUUUACUUGUCCGAUAUGCAAGAAAAGUUUCUUUCAAAUUGGUCAUUUAAAUGUCCACAAGAACAUUCAUACAGGUGUGAGGCCUUUUUCUUGUGAAACAUGUGGGAAAAGUUUUACUAGACGUUAUUUAUUAAAUAUUCACCGGAGAAGCCACAUGGGUGAGAGGCCUUUCUCAUGGGAGAGCUUUAUGAAAAGCUUCUAGAAUAAAACAUGUUUAGAUCAACAUGGGAAAGUCACACUGUCUUUCCUGUGUAGGUUUGGAGUAAACAUGUUUUCACUCAAUCCAAAUAUCUCCAACAAUUCAUUUUCAAAUCGCUCUCCAAGUUAAAUGUGAACCAGAAAACCCACAGAGGUGGAAGAAGCUUAUUUGAUGCUUUUAGGCUGAAUUUCCACAUGAAACAAAAACCCAGAGGUGAAGAGAAAUCGUCCGUCUGUCCAGCUGCUGAAGUUUAGUCCAAAUACUGUCAUCAACAUAACUGCAGAUCUACAACAGGAAGGAUCAAACUAAUGUAUUGUAGAGUUGGAAUGGCCUAAUCAAAGGCUGGACUUCAACUUUAUUAUAACCUGAUGUUCAGACUGGAUGUUUGUAAAUAAAUGAUCUACAGUGGGGUUGUAGAGGAAACAUUUCUCCACACCAACGAUGUUAAACUUACUUUUGGUUGAUUUCCUCAAACUGAAGUUUAAUUUCAUAACUUUAAAACUUUGUUUUAAAGUUCAUAAACUACUGAUGGUUGCUGUUGACAACAUUGUUCAUUUGAUUUUUCAAUGUUUUUCUUCAGAACUUUUGAGUUUAUUCCAUUUAUUGAUAAAUGUAUUUUAGACUUUUACUGUGAAAACCAAAAUGUCUGAAUAGUUUAGCAGUUUUUCAUUUUGUUUUUCAAUAAGAUAAACAUUUGGUUUCAUAAUGUUGAAUUUAAACGGGAAUUAAAUUUGUUUUGAUUGUAAUUGUUGCUGCUGUGGUUUUUACAGGACAGUAGAUGUGAAGGAUGUGUUCAUAUAUGAUGAAGUAUAGAUGUGGUAAUGUAGAAGUGCUGUCUGGAUUUACAGAUCUAGUUGUAAUAGUUCUAUGGUCUGGAUGAGAUUUAUUCUAAUUUGUCCACAAAUCUUUGUGCUGCGAUGUGUUCUUGGUUUUAAAUAAAGCUUCUGCUGUUCAACUGAACGUCUUCAGAUUCUUUUUCACAUCAGUUUGAAACCAACUAACUGUUAUACACAAUAUUGGCAUCAAAAUUCAAAUUCAACAGUUAUAGAUGGAAUCAAAGGAGAAAAACCCUCCUGUGCUCAAUGGGAUUCCCACUGAGGUUUAUAAAACAUUUAAAUACAAAUUGAUACUAUUAGACAUUUUUAAUUAAACUUUUUAUAGUGAAAUUCUUCCAGCAACUUUGAGAAGAGCAACCAAACAGUAGAA